AUGAAUUCAGACACGACUCUUUCAGAGAUUCCCCGACCAUACAGCUGUUUUAGCAAAGGAAAAAAGAGAUACAUUGUCUCUACAGCGGCUGGAGCUGGCCUAUUCUCGUCUCUAUCAGCGCAGAUUUACUUCCCGGCCCUGAAUACGUUAGCUGAUGAUCUGAAUGUGUCUGCCUCCCUGAUCAACCUGACUGUCACGAGUUACAUGAUCUUUCAAGGCAUUGCUCCCAUGUUUAUUGGCGACUUUGCAGACAGAACAGGCCGUCGACCCGCGUAUAUUAUUUGCUUCAUUAUUUACAUCGCCUCAAACAUUGGUCUCGCUUUACAAGACAGCUAUGCUGCUCUCAUUGUGCUACGAUGCUUGCAGAGCUCCGGUAUUAGCAGUAGCGUUGCGCUAUCUGCAGCCACCGUUGCCGAUAUUAGCACCAAAAAAGAGCGAGGAUCGAUGAUGGGUUUCGUCAUGGCAGGGAACUUUAUGGGACCUGCAAUCGGACCCAUUAUAGGUGGUCUGCUGGCUCAAUAUCUGGGCUGGCGAUCUAUAUUCUGGUUUCUGACCAUCGCUUCUGGUGUCUUUUUGCUCCCUCUUGUGAUGUUCCUCCCCGAGACAGCGCGAAAUGUCGUCGGCGAUGGUUCUGUCCCAGCACAGCCAUGGAAUCGACCAUGCAUUCAAUAUUUCUAUCGCCGGGGCUCAAGUAAAGAUGCCGCAUCUUCUAAGGCCUCCGAUGAACGUCCAGAUAGCAAUGACUCGGACAAGAAAAUCGAGCACAAGCUUCAAUUCCCUAAUCCACUCAAGCCUCUCAAACUUGUGUGCCAUGUUAACUCUAUCAUUAUCCUGCUGGUCACCGGGGUUAUAAUGGGUGGAAACAUGACUGUUCUGUCGUCCAUCACGGAGAUAUACACCGCACAAUAUGGUCUGGAUGAGCUUGAGAUCGGUCUCUGUUAUAUCACGCUAGGCACUGGAUCCAUCGUGGCCUCAGUUGUGACAGGCAGACUACUCGACUGGAAUUAUCGUCGCAUGGGCUCGAAAAGGGCCGUCGAAUCUACCCCCGGGCAGACAUCGGAGGAUCAGGUCCCAGUCGAGAAGGCUCGAAGCAUGGUCACCAUCCCACUUGUUGUCCUAGGAAGUGUGACCGUGCUGGCCUUCGGAUGGGUGCUCAAGUAUGGCGAGCCCUUGGCAGCCCCUGAAGUUCUUCUUUUCUUCGUCGGAGUCGGUCAGACAGGUGGAUUUAUUUCCACUUCUACCCUUUUGGUCGAUCUGCACACAUCAAACCCCGCCGCUGCGACCGCCGCUAACAAUAUGGUCCGAUCGUUCUUCUCUGCUGGUGCAUCUGCUGCAAUUGAUCCAAUGUUAAGUGCAAUGGGUCGUGGCUGGGCAUUUACCCUUGUUGCCUUCAUUCUGCUUGGUACUAUUCCAUUCCUGUUGUUACUGUGCGGAAUGUGGCGCCAAGACAAGGACCCUGAGUCGAGGUCGGAGGAGUAA